UUUCAAGGGUUAAAUAAGUCAGAUGUGUGGACUGUUUGAACUCGCUGCUGUUUGAUCAGUGAAGAGCCAAUUCAAAGUCCAGUUGGGAAACGAAUCCACAAACGGACAUCCACAUACACACAAUCACAGAUUCCAGAGGGAGAAAGCAGGAUGUGGGUCUUUCAAGUUAUAGUUGUAGUCUCUCUUUUGAGCAGCCCUACUCUGGCUGGGGUCAAAGACCUCGAAAUACACUUUGGCGGAGAUGAGAAGGAAAAGUUGGUGGAUGCCCGUGGACUUUCUCCAGAUGGAGGGAACACAAACAUGGAGUCCAUCCCGCUGGACUUCCAUCGGGAGAACACGGUCACGAACGACCUCCCGCUGGAGGGGCUGGACGAAGAAGACUACAUCGACUUCGAUAAGAUCUUGGCAGAAGGUGAGGAUGACUACAGCGAAGGCGAUCACAUAGAUGAGAUCUCCACCCCUGCUCCCGACCUUGACCUCUUCUCUGAGCCAAGCGACCCCAAAAUACGCAGAGCACGCCUGUUGCGGCUCUUCCACGGGCAAUCGCGCCUGCAGCGCAUCAAUGUCGUCAACAACCGCUUCGGGUUUCGGCUUUAUCGGAAACUGCGCAAUCGGCUUAACCAGACAGACAACAUUCUGCUUGCUCCUGUCGGGAUCUCCAUCGCGAUGGGCAUGAUGUCUCUGGGAACCGGCCCAACCACCCACGAGCAACUCUACCAAACUCUCGGAUUUGCCGAAUUCGUCAACGCCAGCACACAUUACGAUAACUCGACCGUGCACAAGCUGUUCCGCAAACUCACACACAGGCUUUUCAGACGAAACUUCGGCUACACCUUACGCUCCGUUAACGACCUGUAUGUGAAACGCAAUGUCCGCGUACAGGAGGCUUUCCGUUCCGACGCCAAGACGUACUACUUCGCCGAGCCACAGUCCGUGGAUUUUGCCGACCCGGCGUUCCUUGUGAAGGCCAACCAGCGUAUUCAGAAAAUCACCAAAGGUCUGAUAAAGGAACCGCUGAAGAGUGUCGACCCCAACAUGGCAGUGAUGCUCCUGAACUACCUCUACUUCAAAGGUACGUGGGAGCAGAAGUUUCCGAAGGAACUGACACACUACCGGCAAUUCCGUGUCAAUGAGAAAAAGCAAGUGCGUGUUCCCAUGAUGCAGAACAAAGGAAGUUACCUGGCGGCGGCCGACCACGAGCUCAACUGCGACAUACUGCAGCUGCCCUACUCUGGGAACAUCAGCAUGCUCAUCGCCGUUCCUCAGAAACUCUCAGGAAUGAGAUCUCUGGAGCAGGAGAUCUCCCCAACCCUGAUCAACAAGUGGCUUAGCAACAUGACCAACAGGACUCGUGAGGUGGUUUUCCCUCGGUUUAAGCUGGAGCAGAACUAUGACUUGAUUGAGCACCUGAAGGAAAUGGGCCUGACGGACCUGUUCUCCGAAAAGGGCGAUUUUUCCCCGAUGACCUCGGAGAAGGUCGUCAUCAACUGGUUUAAGCAUCAGGGCACCAUUACAGUGAAUGAAGAAGGAACUGAGGCCGCAGCGAUGACACACAUCGGAUUCAUGCCUUUGUCAACACAGACACGUUUUGUGGUGGACCGCCCCUUCCUCUUCCUCAUCUACGAGCAUCGCACAGGCUGCGUCGUGUUCAUGGGACGUGUGGUAGACCCUUCACAGAGUUAAUCAGACACACAAACACAAUACAGCUAUGCAACGGCCGAUGCAUCACUGUAUAGCAAUGAAACUAAAGAGUCAAAAAAUUAUAUAAAAUAGUAGCCAGAUAUAAAGCAGAUGAUGGUUGUGUUUUGUUUUAUAAAGUAAGGAGUUUUGUAAAGAAAGUUCAUCAACUGAUAAACAUAAACAUGUAUUUUUGAGGCAGAACAUGUUGAAAAUAAAAUGAAUCAGAGGA